AUGACGACUGCUCCUCCCACUCUGUCUUCUGCAGGCUCUUCCCUUACCGAAGGAGGAGCAGUGCUUGAUUGGGGUCAACGCCUCAAGAUUAUUCAGGGCAUUGCUAGAGGGCUUCUUUAUCUCCACCAUGAUUCCUGUUUGAAGGUAAUACAUAGAGAUUUGAAGGUCUGUAACAUUCUCUUGGAUGAGAACAUGAACCCAAAAAUUUCAAAUUUUGAAUUGGCACGUAUCGUUCAAGGCAUGGAGAGUUUAGCAAAUACUCACAAGGUUGUGGGAACAAUGUAA